UUGUGCGAGCGACACCAUCACAACGGCGACGGACUUCUCUCGGAUUUAUACUUUUGUACUUUUGAACAGAAGUUUGACGAGAGGCGCGCGCAGGUGCGGAGGUCACACCACUCUGCGGGGCAUGAGAGCGGAGCGGACGCCCUCAACAAAGUAAAAGAGGGGAUGGCUGCUGGGGAUGGAGCCCAGCUGCCUGCCACCGUCGCGGUCAGCCGGAGCGUGGACAAGGCGCUCGAGGAGGCUGCCGCGAGCGGGGCUCUCAACUUGUCCAACCGAAAGCUGAAGGAGUUCCCCCGCAGCGCCAAGAACUACGACUUGUCCGACAUUACACACGCAGAUCUGUCUAAGAACUGCCUGUGUGAGCUGCCGGAGGAGCUGUGUCAGUUCAUCUCCGUGGAGACGCUGAGCCUCUACCACAAUGGGAUGCGUUCGCUGUCGUCCGGCCUGGGCAACCUGCAGGCCCUCACCUACCUCAACCUCAGCCGUAACCUCCUGUCCACUCUACCCUCGUCCGUGUUCCAGCUCCCCCUCCUGCGAGUGCUCAUCGUCAGCAACAACAAGCUGUGCUCACUGCCCACCUCCAUACACGCCCUCACACACCUCCGGCAGCUGGAUGUGAGCUGUAACGAGCUGCAGGGGUUGCCAUCAGAACUGGGCCAGCUGGAGUGUUUGAGGGACUUGAACCUGAGGAGGAACCAGCUCACCACUUUGCCUGAAGAGAUAUCGGAGCUUCCCCUCGUCCGGCUCGACGUGUCCUGCAACCGCAUUUCCCACGUGCCCUUGUGCUACCGCCACCUGCGCCACCUGCAGAGCAUCCUGCUGGACAACAACCCGCUGCAGAUGCCGCCGGCGCAGAUCUGCUCCAAGGGCAAAUACCACAUCUUCAAGUUCCUCAACAUGGAGGCGUGCAAGAGGAGCCAGGAGGAGCUGGCGACGCACCUGAGGCCCACUGGGUUCAACAGCUGUCUUUCAGACCAGGAGCUGUUCACAGGUCAGUUUGGAGGUCUGGAUUCUGGCUUCAACAGUGUGGACAGUGGCAGCAAGCGCUGGUCUGGGAACGAGGUAAAGCUCCUGGACACUGACCACAUCAUUCACGAUCACACGUCAGCAGACGACUUCUCAGAGCGCUCCCUCCGCAUGGCCGAGGUCAACAGAGACCAGAGGAACCUGGAGGAGGAAGAGGAGGAGGAGGAGGAGAAUAAUAGAUCUCCUGUGGAAGCUAACAAAGUGAAUAAUGGAGACGCUCCGCAUGUGGCCUUCAUGCACAGCACUGUGACCGAGGAAGAAGAGAAGGAGGUCCGGAUGGCGCCAGCUCCUCUCCUGGAGCAGAAGGAGAGCUCUUCAUCGUCCCGAAGCCAGGACUCCACAAUACGCAGGACCAGCCUCCACGUGGAGGUGGUUCCCCCAUCAUCAUCUUCAUCAGCGGCCUCCUCCUCCUGUGCUCCUCUGUCCCCCCCCAGCCCCUCCAGCCCCACCCUGGAGGAGCGCCGGAGGCCGGGCACCCUCCUCAUCUGGCAGGAGAGGGAGCGUCUGCAGCAGCAGAGAGAGAAGGCCAGCAGUUUGCUGAAGUCGACCUCCAAAGCAGGAAGUCUUGUGGCCGCCGCCCCACAGACAGAAAGUAGCUCAGCUGGUGCGUCUGCAGAGAGCAGCGGCGCCCCCUCAGGCCUCCGGCAGCGGUGUGCAAGUGCUGAUCAGACGAGCUCAGGGUCCCACUGUACCCUCCUACAACGCUCCAACAGCAGGACAGAUGUUCCCUCCUCCCCGAAGAUGUCCCCUCCCCCUGGUCAGACCCAGAGACCCAACAGCUUCCUGUUCCGCACCUCGUCCCGCGGCCACGUCAAACCCACAGGGUCGGUCCUCCCUCUCGAGUCCCGUACGAUGCAGCGGCCUCCGAGAGAAGAGCGCGCCGACGUCUCUCAGCUACGCAAAACUCUGGAGCAGCGGCUGAAGAUCUCUCUGCCGGAGGACCUGGGCGACGCCCUGUCCAACGGCACCGCGCUCUGCCAGCUGGCCAAUCACGUGCGACCUCGCUCCGUGUCAAUCAUCCACAUUCCCUCCCCAGCAGUGCCCAAACUGAGCUCAGCGAAGUGCCGACUCAACGUGGAGAACUUCAUCUCUGCUUGCCGCCGGCUGGGAGUCUCUGAGGCGGACGUGUGUGCGUGCUCUGAUGUGCUUCUCUGUAAGCUGCCCGCCGUGCUGCGUUGCGUGGAGGCGCUGCCGGCGGCGGCGGAGGACCGAUCCUCCUCCUCCUCCCCCCGCCACGCCUCGCCUUCGUGGUCGUCCUCGUCCUCGCCGCUGUCCACCGGCUUCCUGCUCUUCUACUGCGCCGCCAUGGCGCUGCUCUACGGCCUCUACUGCUACCUGCUGCUCUAGAGGAGCAGCGCGGCGCCGUCGGACUCGCCGGACGAUGAACUGCUCUACUUCUGACCUCACACAGCUGUGGGCUCAGACGAUGCUCUGCAGUGUGUGUGUGUGUGUGUGUGUUUUCAGUGGCCUUUGAGCCGAGCAGAGUGUGUGUUGACGCUCCACCGCUGCACUGGUUGGAUGUCUGAGCCGCGUAGAGCCUGCAGCACCUUUUAGAAACCGAAUACACUACAGCACAGAGGAAGAGGAAGAGGAAGCACUACACUGAUCACGACAUGAGCGUAGCCCGGUUCAGAGGCGGGAGCUUUAACUGUCUGAGGCAGCUCUGCUCUCAUUGGUUGAGACUAAAUGGGCGGAGCUAAGGACCCUAAUCCAAAUUGACCAAUGUGCAUUCCCCUAACAUCCACUUUGAGAUGCGACCCCUUGAUGGUGUAUUAUGUAUUGUACACUGGACAAAUGACAAAUACUCCUAUCUAAAACGCCAACAUGCAGACUACGGUCCAGUUUCAUUCUCAAAGAUUAGUUUAUUCGCCGUUUAUGAUGACGCUGAGAUGGGAGAACAGUGUCAAUCAAUGGAAGCUGCUCAGUCAAAGCUGAUUGGAUGAGAAGAGCAGAACCAUUCCUAGACGUCUUCGCUGACCAGCUUCCCGAACACGAGUACACAGAUAUGCUUUUUAGUGGAUAGACGAUCCCAAAAAAAUCCCCAAAGUUCUAACUCCAUAUCUGAGAGAACUUUGAGACCAUAUUGAUUCUUUAGCUCCCCACGUUUUAACUUGAGAUGUUCAGCUCGACCUGAGAGACGUAAACCGCCCGGACGCAACUGUGAAUGUCGUUUUUAGCCUUGAGACGACAGUGAGACAUGUGACACGGUGCCUCUCACUGAUUGGCUGCUCCUAUUUUUAUACGUCUGCUAUGCUAACUGUGAGAAGCGAGGGGGGGGGGUGACCUGACCUGACCUCCCUCCCACACUUCAUGUGUCCAAACGGUACAGCGCCCCCAGGAGGCGCGUGGUGUGAAGUCUGGUUCAACCAGCUGACUUCAUGUUUGUAUAAAUGUAAACAGGCUAUUAAAUUAUUCCUUUUUUUAUUUAUUAAAUCUGUUCUAUUUUGUUCUCCGAGGUGACGCGGCAGAGGCUUUGUGUGCUUUAAGUCACGCACACACAGGCAAAUAGGAUCAACGUUCAAUUAUUCCGAGUUCCAAUCAGAUUGCUUGUGUAGACGUGUUAGACGAUGCUCUGCUGCUCCCCGCGUGGUUAUGACGCUUAUGGCACGGCGUGGGAUAUGAGAGCUUUCUGGAUUCACACUGCAAAGCCCUUCAUUCAGAUCGUUACUGUUUUUACUUUCAUUUGGGCCUCAAACCAGAUUCAAACCAGAAUGGGACAUAAGAGCUUUCUAUUAAAACUGAUCUCGUAAUUAUUAUUCAUAUCGGUUACAAAAUGUUGGAGGUAAAUUAAAUCAAGAAAUAACCUACAGUUAAAAUUGUGGUGGUCCUUUCCCAUUAUUUCUCUUCAAAUGUGAAACCAAAAGUUUUCAACAUAAAAUAAAUUACGAAAUCACAUGAAGAAAUUGUGUUAAAUGUACAAGUCAUAACUGAAAUGUUCUGACUUUCAUUUCAUGCCCUCUUAGCCCGUUAGCUCACACUAGCUAUAGCACCCACAAUGCACCUGUGUUUCUGAAGCAACAGACUAGCUUCAGUUGCUAAUAAACAAACUAGCUUCAGUUGCUAAUGAACAAACGCAGAGCUGCUUGUGUUUGGUGUGACAGCUAAUCUGUGGCUAACGAGCUGGUCGCCCAGAGAGAAAGUGAAUUAGCUACUUAGCUUAUGCGCUUCAUUUUGAAGGCCAGUAAUAAACCAACAAAGAAGUGAGCCGACAUAUUGUGCUGCAAGUGUGUACUGUGUUUAUUUACAGUCGUACAUUUACUCUCAUUUAGUGAUUAAAAAUGACUAGCAUCCUGGUUGCUCUAGUUAACAGAGGCUAGCCAAAGCUAAUUGUUUACCAAUGGAAGCUAACCGUUGAGCCUGCUUUAGAGGAAAAAUAAAAGCAUCUCUUGAAAGAAAUGCCACAAUUUAAAAAACUGACAUUUAAAUUGUUUAUAUUGUAGUUAAAACUCAAAUAAAACUUCAUAUGAAAAUGACUUUUCAUAUCAAGUUUAGUUUGAAAAUGUUCACAAAUAAUUGGUAUGUGUAUAUAUAUAUUUUACACAAUAUAUUCAUGGGUACUUAUUUCAUGUAUUUUUGUUUCUAUAAUAACAUGUUGGGGCCCACACGUCAAUGUGUUGAGCAUCUAGUUUAAUAAGGUGAAGCACGCUGGUCCAGGUCUCUGCUGCAGUCUGAAGGUCCACUGAAGUCUCCUGUCGCAUGUCACGCUCUUUACUAGCCUGCUGUUUCAAUUCAAAAUGUAUAUUUUAUAAAUGAAGCUGGAUUAAGCAACAACCAGUAAUUCAUUCACUGGUUUAGACAAAGCUCUAUUCUUUAAUAUGUUAGCGGAACAGAAAUACAGUUGUAUUUUAUAUUUAUAUGACACCCUUGUAUUAUUGAGAAUCUUUUUGGAGUUUAUAUAAAUCUAUAUGUAAAGUUUUGUUCCCAUCCCGCUGUAAAGACAUGAUUAAAAAAACAACUUUGACCGUG